AUGGAGGCAGAAGACCCAACCAGAAAAGUACUUCAUCUUGCUCAGGUGGAGAGCCAGGAGGAAUCGGGCCAGAGGACCAGGCAGAAGAUCUUAGUAGAAAAUAUCCUUCCUUGGGAUGCCCAUCACCAAAAUCUCGGGGAGUUCUACCAGAUGUUUAAGGGACCCCGAGAAGUUUGCAGCCAUCUCCACCGCCUUUGCUUUCAAUGGCUAAAGCCAGAAAUAAACACCAAAGCUCAGAUGCUAGACAUGCUGGUUCUGAAGCAGUUCCUGGCUGUUCUUCCCCCAGAGAUGGCCAAUUGGUUAUGGGAGUGUGGAGCAGAGACCACUUCCCAGGCAGUGGCCCUGGCAGAAGGCUUCCUCCUGAGCCAGGCAGAGGACAAAGAGAAGCAGAGAAGUUCUAAUAAGGUAGAUGUACAAGGUCUCAGGGCAACUGUGGAUUUAUCAGAUCCCUCCCAGAAGAUGCUUUGCAAGGGGAACUCUAAAGAUCAAACUCAGGACAUCUCACCAGGGAUUGAUACGACUUCGGUGGUCUUUGUUAAAAGG